CAAACACGCCCCCGUCUUUACCCCGGAAGUAAAUGGACACCGAUUCACUGCCCUCCAGGAGAUGAAUACAUAACCUCGUCAGAUCAUGUCAAGUAACAGAAGAAUAGUGCUAGUAUUUGGAGGUUUUGUAGCAGCCGUUGCAGCCACAUUCUAUCCCAUAUUUUUCUAUCCAAUGUCGCAUACAGAUGAAUACAGACAAGUUCAAACAGCCAACCGAGCGGGCAUCAAUCAAGCGGACGUACAACCUGUGGGAGUGAAAAUUUGGUCAGAUCCAUUCAAGUCCAAGUAAUGGAUCAUUGUCCAAGAUCGAUCAGAGUGAAUAUUCUGAUGAAGGCAAGACUGAGGAAGCCUGUGCUGGAGCAGUGAUUGCAGAUUGCUUAAUGAACAUCGGUUUGACAGUGGUGUGUGUGUGUGUUAGAGAGAGCUAGAGUGUACGUGUGUGUGUCUGCUUGUAAUGCACUUAUUGUUUGGAGGUGAUGGUUUGGGUUGCAUUCUUUGAAGAACACUUUAUCCUAUGAAUAAAGUCUAUUGGAUGUUACGCUGGAAUAGGAUUUUAAGCUAUGGAAUCUAUACCACUUGAUUCAUGAAAACCAGGAGGCUCUUUGGUCUGGCUAUACUACAUUUGACAUCCAUCAUGCUCCUAUUUAAAUGUGUAAUUCCUAAUAAAGUGUAGCUUUGGAUGUUGUGCAGAGCAUAAACAUUUGA